AUGUGUCAGACCAAAGAGAAAGAGAGCCACAGAGGCAGAGCGGCCUGUCUGUCUGUAUGUCUUACAGCCUGUCUCACAAUCAGGAGAGAUGGUGACACAUAAAAGACACUACGUUAGAUCAGGGGUAGAGAAGACCUGUCACAUGUACCUCUCCUCCUCUCUCUGCCUCCCUCUCACCAUCCCUCAAACAGCCGUGCUUGGUCCUUCUCUUUUUCUCUUUUUAAUGUCAUUCCUGCAUUACUGCACUCUAUCCCCCUCUAUUUUGCUUUCUUCAUGUCCUUCCCUCCAUCUCCCUCUCUCUCCUCCCCUCCAUCUCCCUCUCUCUCCUCUCCUGCAUCUCCCCCUCUCUGUAGUAUUCUCCCUGUGAAGUAUGCAGUGUGAAGUGUGAGUGCCCAGGGUGGAGGGGGUUUGACAGAGGGAUGUGUAGAGGGUCAGGGUGGAGAGUGUUAGAGAGAGUGAUAUGUAGAGGGUCAGGGUGGAGAGUGUUAGAGAGAGUGAUAUGUAGAGGGUCAGGGUGGAUGGUGUUAGACAGAGUGAUGUGUAGAGGGUCAGGGUGGAGAGUGUUAGUGAUGUGUAGAGGGUCAGGGUGGAGAGUGUUAGACAGAGUGAUGUGUAGAGGGUCAGGGUGGACGGUGUUAGAGUGAUGUGUAGAGGGUCAGGGUGGAGAGUGUUAGUGAUGUGUAGAGGGUCAGGGUGGAGAGUGUUAGACAGAGUGAUGUGUAGAGGGUCAGGGUGGAGAGUGUUAGACAGAGUGAUGUGUAGAGGGUCAGGGUGGAGAGUCUUAGACAAAGUGAUGUGUAGAGGGUCAGGGUGGAGAGUGUUAGAGAGAGUGAUGUGUAGAGGGUCAGGGUGGACGGUGUUAGAGUGAUGUGUAGAGGGUCAGGGUGGAGAGUUAGACAGAGUGAUGUGUAGAGGGUCAAGGUGGAGAGUGUUAGACAGAGUGAUGUGUAGAGGGUCAAGGUGGAGAGUGUUAGACAGAGUGAUGUGUAGAGGGUCAGACAUGUAUUAGUCAGGAGAUGACCUCAUUCACUUUCAACUGCGUCUCACAGGCUACAGACUGAAAUAUCAAGUACAGCCAUACGUACAGUAUGUGGACAUACACACAAUCAAACACACACAGAGAGAGAUGCAAUAGACACAUACUGUGUGUACAGAAGCCAAACUCUAAACAAAGAGGAGAACCGGGACAGAAGGAACACUUCAGGUUUGAUAUGUAUGAAAAUGAACCAUUUUGCCUUACAAUAUUAAUCAGACUUAAAUUGAUCACAUAAUAGCUAUACUAACCAUAAUUUCCUCAUCUCACUUUCAUGGGAAUGUAGUAGAUGUUUCUUCACAAUUUUCAAUUACUAUUCAUGCUUAGCCCUACCGAUGUUACUUCCGCUCUCCUGUAAAUUCUCCCUGGCUAGCAUCCAAUACUAGCUAGCAAGAUAUUUCAAACCUAUGCUGUCAUUUAGUCACUAGAUGGGUUAAGAAAAUAACAUACAGUACCAGUCAAAAGUUUGGACACACCUACUCAUUCAAGGGUUUUCCUUUAUUUUUUACUAUUUUCUACAUUGAAGAAUAAUUGUGAAGACAUCAAAACUAUGAAAUAACACAUAUGGAAUCAUGUAGUAACCACUCUUGGCAUUCUCUCAACCAGCUUCACCUGUAAUGCAUUUCCAACAGUCUUGAAGGAGUUUCCACAUAUGCUGAGCACUUGUUAGCUGCUUUUCCUUCACUCUGCCGUCCGACUCAUCCCAAACCAUCUCAAUUGGGUUGAGGUCUGGGGAUUGUGGAGGCCAAGUCGUCUGAUGCAGCACUCCAUCAUUCUCCUUCUUGGUAAAAUAGCCCUUACACAGCCUGGAGGUGUGUUGGGUCAUUGUCCUGUUGAAAAACAGAUGAUAGUCCCACUAAGCCCAAACCAGAUGGGAUGGCGUCUCGUUGCAGAAUGCUGUGGUAGCCAUGCUGGUUAAUUGUGCCUUGAGUUCUAAAUAAAUCACAGACAGUGUCACCAGCAAAGCACCCCCACACCAUAACACCUCCUCCUCCAUGCUUUACGGUGGGAACUACACAUGUGGAGAUCAUCCGUUCACCCACACCGCGUCUCACAAAGACACAGCAGUUGGAACCAAAAAUCUCACAUUUGGACUCCAGACCAAAGUACACAUUUCCACCUGUCUAAUGUCCAUUGCUCGUGUUUCUUGGCCCAAGCAGGUCUCUUCUUAUUAUUGGUGUCCUUUAAUAGUGGUUUCUUUGCAGCAAUUUGACCAUGAAGGCCUGAUUCACACAGUCCCCUCUGAACAGUUGAUGUUGAAAUGUGUCUGUGACUUGAACUCUGUGAAGCAUUUAUUUGGGCUGCAAUUUCUGAGGCUGGUAACUCUAAUGAACUUACCCUCUGCAGUAGAGGUAACUCUGCGUCUUCCAUUCCUGUGGAGGUCCUCAUGAGAGCGAAUUUCAUCAUAGCGGUUUUUGCGACUGUACUUGAAGAAACUUUCAAAGUUCUUGAAAUGUUCCGUAUUGACUGACUUCAUGUCUUAAAGUAAUGAUGGACUGUUGUUUAUCUUUGCUUAUUUGAGCUGUUCUUGUCAUAAUAUGGACCUGGUCUUUAUACCCCCCAUAUCUUGUCACAACACAACUGAUUGGCUCAAGAAGGAAAUAAAUUCAACAAAUUAACUUUUAAGAAGGCACACCUGUUAAUUGAAAUGCAUUCCAGGUGACUACUUCAUGAAGCUGGUUGAAAGAAUGCCAAGAGUGUGCAAAGCUGUCAUCAAGGCAAAGGGUGGCUAUUUAAAGAAUUUCAAAUAUAAAAUAUAUUUUGAUUUGUUUAACACUUUUUUGGUUAUUAUAUGAUUCCAUAUGUGUUAUUUCAUAGUUUUGAUGUCUUCACUAUUAUUCUGCAAUGUGGAAAAUAAAGAAAAACCCUUGAAUGAGUAGGUGUGUCCAAACUUUUGACUGGUAGUGUAUGUUUGGAACUGAAAAAAAAGUUUGAUUAAAAAAAGGUUGAUAACUCAUUGAAAUGUUGUCGCAGCGUGCAGAUUUUUUGCAGGUAGGUUGUCUUCCGCAAUAGGCACGUGUGUCAUUAAGUCAGUCUAGCUUUUGUGUCAUUUGAGAAAAUGGGUGAGUUAUAUCCACCCUGCGUUACUUUCAUCCAGGUUCUCAUCGACAUUCAGAAACACGUGAUUAAAACAUACAAACAACAUUUACUCAAUCACACACAUUCGGUGCCUUCAGAAAGUAUCCAAACCCCUUCCCUGACUUUUUCCACAUUUUGUUGUGUUACAGCCUGAAUUUAAAAUGUAUUACAUUUAGAUUUUGUGUCACUGGCCUACACACAAUACUCCAUAAUAUCAAAGUAGAUUUUUUUAAAUAUAUAUUUAUUUUAAUUAAUAGAAAAUGAAAAGCUGAAAUGUCUUGAGUUAACAACUAUGAUAAACUGGGUGAUUUGAGCCCUGAAUGCUGAUGGGCUGAAAGCCGUGGUAUAUGAGACCGUAUACCACUGGUAUGACAAAACAUGUAUUUUUACUGCUCUAAUUAUGUUUUUAACCUGUUUAUAAUAGCAAUAAGGCACCUUGGAGGUUUGUAAUGUAUGGUCAAUAUACCAUGGAUAAGGGCUGUAUCCAGGCACUGUCACGUUCGCUUAAGGAGGAGGACCAAUGCGCAGCGUUGAAUGCGUACAUAUUAUUUAUUAAACAGAUCACCCGAUCAAAACAACGAACAAAACGUGAAGUCCUUCGAUACACACAAACCAAAAGGAACAAGAAACCACAACACAAAGUGAAAAGACCGAUAGUUAAAUAUGGCUCCCAAUCAGAGACAACCAGCUGACACUCGUUGCCUCUGAUUGGGAGUCACUCAGGCCAACAUAGAUAUACCAAACAUAGACUUACACACCCUGGCUCAACAUAACAUAGUCCCCAGAGCCAGGGCGUGACAGUACCCCCCCCCCAAAGGCGCGGACUCCGGCCGCGCCAAACAACCACAACAGGGGAGGGACCGGGUGGGCACUCCGCCUCGGCGGCGGAUCCGGCUCCGGACAUGACCCAGGCACGGGUUGUGCUGGACUGACGACGCACACCCCUGGCUUGAUGCGUGGAGGAGGAACGGGCCGGACCGGGCUGACGAAGCGCACCCCUGACUUGGUGCGGGGAGCAGGAAUGAGCCGGACCGGGCUGACGACGCGCACCACUGACCUGGUGCGGGGAGCUUGGAUGGGCCGGACUGGGCUGGCGACACGCACCACAGACUUGGUGCGGAGAGCAGGAACGGGCCGGACAGGGCUGACGAAACGCACCAUAGACUUGGUGCGGAGAGCAGGCACGGGCCGUGCCGGACUGACGACGCACACCACUGGCUUAGUGCGGGAAGCUUGGAUGGGCCGGACUGGGCUGGCGACGCGCACCACAGACUUGGUGCGGAGAGCAGGAACGGGCCGUGCCAGACUGACGACGCACACCACUGGCUUGGUGCGGGAAGCUUGGAUGGGCCGGACUGGGCUGGCGACGCGCACCACAGACUUGGUGCGGAGAGCAGGAAUGGGCCGGACCGGGCUGGCGACGCGCACCACCGACUUGGUACGGAGAGCAGGAACGGGCCGGACAGGGCUGACGACGCGCACCACCGGCUCGGUGCGAGAGGCAGGAACAGGCCGAACCGUACUGGGGACACACGCCACUGGCCCUAUGCAGGGAUCAGGAACGGGCCGGACCGGACUGGUAAUACACCCCAGUACCUCUCGCCGUGCCUCCACACUUUCCCUCUCCUCUGUGACCAGUGGCCCCCUUAACCUGGCGGCCUCCUCUGCACACCCGCUGGACCGCUCCAUCGCGGCCUCCGGCUGCCCCGUCGUCCACGUCGUGAGCCCCCCCCUAAAAAAUUUCUGGGGUUCUCUCCUCCCCAUGGACCAGGCCUCCCUAGCUCUCGCCAGACUCUCGAUCCAUUGCUUCAUAGACCAGCCUCUCUCCUCUUCACUUAGCGUGGCCCAGCCGAAACUCCUACUCCCCUGAUCCCAGGUCCUUCCUCUCUCCUCUUCACGCUGCUUGGUCCAUUUUUGGUGGUUUCUUCUGUCACGUUCGCUUAAGGAGGAGGACCAAUGCGCAGCGUUGAAUGCGUACAUAUUAUUUAUUAAACAGAUCACCCGAUCAAAACAACGAACGAAACGUGAAGUCCUUCGAUACACACAAACCAAAAGGAACAAGAAACCACAACACAAAGUGAAAAGACCGAUAGUUAAAUAUGGCUCCCAAUCAGAGACAACCAGCUGACACUCGUUGCCUCUGAUUGGGAGUCACUCAGGCCAACAUAGAUAUACCAAACAUAGACUUACACACCCUGGCUCAACAUAACAUAGUCCCCAGAGCCAGGGCGUGACAGGCACUCCGCAUUUCGUCGUUCAUAAGAACAGCCCUUAGCCGUGGUAUAUUGGCCAUAUACCACACCCCCUCGUGAGUUAUUGAUUAAUUCAACCCCUUUGUUAUAUGGCUAGGCUAAUUAAGUUCAGGAGUACAAAUGUGCUUAACAAGUCACAUAUUAAGUUGCAUGGACUGACUGUGUGCAAUAAUAGUGUUUAACAUGAUUUCUUUACGACUACCUCAUCUCUGUACCCUACACAUACAAUUAUCUGUAAGGUCCCUCAGUCGAGCAGUGAAUUUCAAACACAUAUUCAACCACAAAGAUCAGGGAGUUUUCCAAUGCCUCACAAAGAAGGGCACCUAUUGGUAGACAGGUAAAAAUAAAAAUAAAGCAAACAUUGAAUAUUCACCAAAUGAUUGAAGGAGGAAACAAAGUACUUUAAUCAUAUGUUUUUGUUUCAGUCGCCUCCAUCUCCUCUAACUGAAGCUAAUUGUAGAGAUUUUUUCUAUUGAUAAUGUAAAAUUAACAGCCAUACAGAAAGACUCAUGUGAAGGUGAAAUUACAGAGGAGGAACUUAUGGAUGCAAUUAAAGACAUUAAGUUCGGGAAAACUCCAGUGUUGGAUGGCAUACCAGUCGAGGUAUACCAAACCUUUUUUGAUAUACUCAGAGGACCGUUAUUAGCAUGUUUUAACCACUCCUAUGUAAAUGGUAGAUUAUCAGACACUCAAGAAGAAGGCCUGAUUUCAUUAUUACUGAAACAGGAUACAAGUGGAAAAUAUAAAGUCCAUUAAAAAAAUUGGAGGCCCCUUACACUUCAGUGUUGUGAUUCAAAUAUUUUAGCAAAAUGUAUAGCACAUAGAAUUAAAAAGGUAGUGUCGGACAUUAUUCAUUCUAAUCAGACAGGUUUUUUACAUGGACGAUACAUUGGAGAUAAUAUAAGGCAAGUACUGGAAACAAUAGAACACAAUAAAAAAUCUGGGAAACCAGGCCUGCUAUUCAUAGCAGACUUCAAAAAGGCAUUUGAUAAAGUACGACUGGGGAUUAUAUAUACAUGCCUGGAGCAUUUCAAUUUUGGAGAAUCUCUUAUAAAUUGGGUUUAAAUCAUGUAUAGUAACCCUAGGUAUAACAUAGUAAAUAAUGGCUAUUUCUCCCAAAGUUUUAAACUGUCAAGAGCAGUGAAACAAGGUUGUCCACUAUCGGCAUAUCUAUUUAUUAUGGCUAUCGAGAUGUUAGCUAUUAAAAUCAGAUCCAACGAUAAUAUCAAGGGAUUAGAAAUCCAGGGCUUAAAAACAAAGGUGUCAUUGUACGCUGAUGAUUAAUCUUUUAUUUUAAAUUCACAACUAGAAUUCCUCCACAGCCUCAUAGAGGAUCUAGAUACAUUUUCUAACCUCUCUGGACUACAACCAAAUUAUGAUAAAUGUACUAUAUGACGAAUUGGAUCACUAACAAAUAAAAUUUUACAUUACCAUAUAGUUUACCAAUAAAAUAGUGUGAUGGAGAUGUGGAUAUACUCGGAAUACAUAUCCCAAAUGAAAUAAAUGAUCUCACUCCAAUACAUUUUAAUAGAAAGUUAGCAAAAAUAGAUAAUAUCUUGCUACCAUGGAAAGGUAAAUACCUGUAAAUUUAUGGAAAAAUCACCCUGAUUAACUCUGUAGUAUUAUCCCAGUUUACCUAUUUGCUUGUGGUCUUGCCUAUGCCUAGCGAACAGUUCUUUUAAUUAUAUGAGAAAAAAAAUAUUCAAUUUUAUUUGGAACGGCAAGCCAGACAAAAUUAAAUGAGCCUAUUUAUAUAAUGAAUAUGAAUUUGGAGGACAUAAAUGUUUAAAUAUUAAAGCAUUAGACCUAUCACUAAAAGCUUCAGUCAUACAAAAGUUAUACUUAAAUCCGAACUGGUUCUCUAGCAAAUUAGUAAGAUUGUCUCACCCAAUGUUCAAGAAUGGCCUUUUUCCCUUUAUUCAGAUUACAACCUCUCACUUUCAGUUAUUUGAAAAGGAAAUAAUCUCCCAAAUAUCACUAUAACUAAAACAAGCCAUAGAAAGUUGGUUGCAAUUUCAAUUUAAUCCUCCAGAAACGACAGAACAAAUAAUGUAACAAAUAUUGUGGUUAAACUCAAAUAUACUAAUUGAUAAAACACUUUUUUUUGACAAAAUGUUUAAAAAAGGUAUAAUCUUCGUAAAUGAUAUAAUCGGUAGGACUGGUGGAGUUAUGUCACACAUGCAGCUAAAACAUAUGGAAAUGUCUGCUCUACCCAAAAUUACAACAAAAUAAUUGCAGCAUUACCACAAAAAUGGAAGAGGAAAGUGGAAGGGGGAAAAAGUAAGGAACUUGUCUGUCGGCCUUGUAUUAAAGAACAUAAUUGGUUAAAGAAAACUGUGAUAAAUAAAAAAGUAUACCAGUUUCAUUUAAGGACCAACGGAUUGACAGCCGUCCCAUAUAGAUUGCAAAAUAGUUGGGAAUAGAUUUUUGACAUACCGAUUCCAUGGCAUAGUGUUUAUAAACUGAUACGCAAAAUGACGCCGGAUUCAAAACUUAGAAUUUUUCAAUUUAAAUUAUUGUAUACAAUUCUUGCUACCAAUAGAAUGUUAUUUAUAUGGGGGAUACAAUCUUCCCAGCUCUGCAGAUUUUGCUGCGAAGAGACAUAAUCAUUAGAUAAUUUUUUUUGGUACUGUCCAUUUGUAGCUUGUUAUUGGACACAGGUACAGGAAUGGCUAAAGGAUUGCAAUAUUUACCUGUAGCUAACCCUGCAGAUAGCAUUACUGGGUGAUCUGAAAAGUCAUAGUCAAUCGAUCAAUAAUAUAAUAAUACUUUUAGCUAAAAUGUUUAUUUUCAAUUUACAAUCUGUAGAAACAAUGAGAAUAGAAAGGUUCAGAACUUUUGUAAAACAUCACAGUACAGUUAAAAAAGAUAUGGCAAAUAGAAAUCCAAUAUGGAUGGUGUUGAAUGGAGUUGAAGGAUGGGACUAAUAAUAAAAAGUAACAACAACUAAUAACAACAAGAUAACUAAUAAUGUAAAGCAUACUGUGUCCAUAAUAAGUAUAUAGGUUAUAGGUUUAGAGCUUUUGUGAAAGAGCACAGUUAGAAACAUAUGGCAUAUAGAAGCAAACCGGAUGGACAUCAUGAAAAUUAUCGUAGAGGUUGACGGUAGAGGAAGUUCAGGAGUAAAAACAAACAAAAUAUAAUUAUUGUAAAAUUGACUUUGUCCAUAAAAUGUAUAUAUUAUGUAUAAGCUGGAUGUAGAGGCCUAAGCAUUGAUGUUCACUAGUUUACUCCAAUUAGGGAAGGGGUGGUGGGGUUGGAAAGUAAUAAAGGGAAAUAAUUUUUUUAAAGGAUAUGUAUAUGUGUGUAAAUGUGUAUGUAUAUAUAUAUAUAUAGAUAUAGAUAUAUAUAUAUAUAUAUAUAUAUAUAUAUAUAUAUAUAUAUAUAUCUAUAUAUAUAUAUAUAUAUAUACAGUGUAUAUAUACAGUGGGGGAAAAAAGUAUUUAGUCAGCCACAAAUUGUGCAAGUUCUCCCACUUAAAAAGAUGAGAGAGGCCUGUAAUUUUCAUCAUAGGUACACGUCAACUAUGACAGACAAAUUGAGAUAAAAAGUUCCAGAAAAUCACAUUGUAGGAUUUUUUAUGAAUUUCUUUGCAAAUUAUGGUGGAAAAUAAGUAUUUGGUCACCUACAAACAAGCAAGAUUUCUGGCUCUCACAGACCUGUAACUUCUUCUUUAAGAGGCUCCUCUGUCCUCCACUCGUUACCUGUAUUAAUGGCACCUGUUUGAACUUGUUAUCAGUAUAAAAGACACCUGUCCACAACCUCAAACAGUCACACUCCAACCUCCACUAUGGCCAAUACCAAAGAGCUGUCAAAGGACACCAGAAACAAAAUUGUAGACCUGCACCAGGCUGGGAAGACUGAAUCUGCAAUAGGUAAGCAGCUUGGUUUGAAGAAAUCAACUGUGGGAGCAAUUAUUAGGAAAUGGAAGACAUACAAGACCACUGAUAAUCUCCCUCGAUCUGGGGCUCCACGCAAGAUCUCACCCGUGGGGUCAAAAUGAUCACAAGAACGGUGAGCAAAAAUCCCAGAACCACACGGGGGGACCUAGUGAAUGACCUGCAGAGAGCUGGGACCAAAGUAACAAAGCCUACCAUCAGUAACACACUUCGCCGCCAGGGACUCAAAUCCUGCAGUGCCAGAUGUGUCCCCCUGCUUAAGCAAGUACAUGUCCAGGCCCGUCUGAAGUUUGCUAGAGUGCAUUUGGAUGAUCCAGAAGAGGAUUGGGAGAAUGUCAUAUGGUUAGAUGAAACCUAAAUAUAACUUUUUGGUAAAAAACUCAACUCGUCGUGUUUGGAGGACAAAGAAUGCUGAGUUGCAUCCAAAGAACCCCAUACCUACUGUGAAGCAUGGGGGUGGAAACAUCAUGAUUUGGGGCUGUUUUUCUGCAAAGGGACCAGGACAACUGAUCCGUGUGAUAUUUUGAGUGAAAACCUCCUUCCAUCAGCAAGGGCAUUGAAGAUGAAAUGUGGCUGGGUCUUUCAGCAUGACAAUGAUCCCAAACACACCGCCCGGGCAACGAAGGAGUGGCUUCGUAAGAAGCAUUUCAAGAUCCUGGAGUGGCCUGUCUCCAGAUCUCAUCCCCAUAGAACAUCUUUGGAGGGAGUUGAAAGUCUGUGUUGCCCAGCGACAGCCCCAAAACAUCAUUGCUCUAGAGGAGAUCUGCAUGGAGGAAUGGACCAAAAUACCAGCAACAGUGUGUGAAAACUCCUGAGUGGCGCAGUGGUCUAAGGCACUGCAUCACAGUGCUAACUGUGCCACUAGAUCGUGGUUUGAAUCCAGGCUCUGUCGCAGCCGGCCGUGACCGGGAGACUCAUGGGCGGCGCACAAUUGGCCCAGCGUCGUCCAGGGUAGGGGAGGGAAUGGCCGGCAGGGAUGUAGCUCAGUUGAUAGAGCAUGGCGUUUGCAAUGCCAGGGUUGUGGGUUCGAUUCCCACGGGGGGCAGUAUAAAAAAAAAAUGUAUUCACUAACUGUAAGUCGCUCUGGAUAAGAACGUCUGCUAAAUGACUAAAAUGUAAAUGUAAAACCUUGUGAAGACUUACAGAAAACGUUUGACCUGUGUCAUUGCCAACAAAGGGUAUAUAACAAAGUAUUGAGAAACUUUUGUUAUUGACCAAAUACUUAUGUUCCACCAUAAUUUGCAAAUAAAUUCAUAAAAAAUCCUACAAUGUGAUUUUCUGGAUUUUAUUUUCUCAUUUUGUCUGUCAUAGUUGACGUGUACCUAUGAUGAAAAUUACAGGCCUCUCUCAUCUUUUUAAGUUGGAGAACUUGCACAAUUGGUGGCUGACUAAAUACUUUUUUCCCCCACUGUACAUUCAAAAAUUAGUAUUUGGUAGCAUUGCCUUUAAAUUGUUUAACUUGGGUCAAUUGUUUCGGGUAGCCUUCCACAAGCUUCCCACAAUAAGUUGGGUGAAUUUUGGCCCAUUCCUCCUGACAGAGCUGGUGUAACUUAGUCAGGUUUGUAGGUUUCCUUGCUCGCACACGCUUUUUCAGUUCUGCCCACACAUUUUCUAUAGGAUUGAUGUCAGGGCAUUAUGAUGGCCACUCCAAUACCUUGACUUUGUUGUCCUUAAGUCAUUUUGACACAACUCUGGAAGUAUGCUUGGGGUCAUUGUCCAUUUGGAAGACCCAUUUGCGACCAAGCUUUAACUUCCUGACUGAUGUCUUGAGAUGUUGCUUCAAUAUAGCCACAUAAUUUUCCUUCCUCAUGAUGCCAUCUAUUAUGUGAAGUGCACCAGUCCCUCCUGCAACAAAGCACCCCAACAGCAUGAUGCUGCCACCCCCGUGCUUCACCUCCAAUUGAUUCAAACAAUGUCAAUUAGCCUAUCAGAAGCUUCUAAAGCCGUAACAUCAUUUUCUGGAAUUUUCCAAGCUGUUUAAAGGCACAGUCAACUUAGUGUAUGUAAACUUCUGACCCACUGGAAUUGUGAUACAGUGAAUUAUAAGUGAAAUAAUCUGUCUGUAAACAAAUGUUGGGAAAAUUACUUGUGUCAUGCACAAAGUAGACAUCCUAACCGACUUGCCAAAACUAUAGUUUGUUAACAAGAAAUGUGUGGAGUGGUUGAAAAAUGAGUUUUAAUGAAUCCAACCUAAGUGUUUGUAAACUUCUGAAUUCAACUGUAUAUACAGUGGGGAGAACAAGUAUUUGAUACACUGCCGGUUUUGCAGGUUUUCCUACUUACAAAGCAUGUAGAGGUCUGUAAUUUUUAUCAUAGGUACACUUCAACUGUGAGAGACGGAAUCCAGAAAAUCACAUUGUAUGAUUUUUAAGUAAUUAAUUUGCAUUUUAUUGCAUGAAAUAAGUAUUUGAUCACCUACCAAACAGUAAGAAUUCCGGCUCUCACAGACCUGUUAGUUUUUCUUUAAGAGCCUUCCUGUUCUCCACUCAUUACCUGUAUUAACUGCACCUGUUUGAACUCGUUACCUGUAUAAAAGACACCUGUCCACACACUCAAUCAAACAGACUCCAACCUCUCCACAAUGGCCAAGACCAGAGAGCUGUGUAAGGACAUCAGGGAUAAAAUUGUAGACCUGCACAAGGCUGGGAUGGGCUACAGGACAAUAGGCAAGCAGCUUGGUGAGAAGGCAACAACUGUUGGCGCAAUUAUUAGAAAAUGGAAGAAGUUCAAGAUGACGGUCAAUCACCCUCUGUCUGGGGCUCCAUGCAAGAUCUCACCUCGUGAGGCAUCAAUGAUCAUGAGGAAGGUGAGGGAUCAGCACAGAACUACACGGCAGGACCUGGUCAAUGACCUGAAGAGAGCUGGGACCACAGUCUCAAAGAAAACCAUUAGUAACACACUACACCUUCAUGGAUUAAAAUCCUGCAGCGCACACAAGGUCCCCCUGCUCAAGCCAGCGCAUGUCCAGGCCUGUCUGAAGUUUGCCAAUGACCAUCUGGAUGAUCCAGAGGAGGAAUGGGAGAAGGUCAUGUGGUCUGAUGAGACAAAAAUAGAGCUUUUUGGUUUAAACUCCACUCGCCGUGAUUGGAGGAAGAAGAAGGAUGAGUACAACCCCAAGAACACCAUCCCAACCGUGAAGCAUGGAGGUGGAAACAUCAUUCUUUGGGGAUGCUUUUCUGCAAAGGGGACAGGACGACUGCACCGUAUUGAGGGGAGGAUGGAUGGGGCCAUGUAUCGCAAGAUCUUGGCCAACAACCUCCUUCCCUCAGUAAGAGCAUUGAAGAUGGGUCGUGGCUAGGUCUUCCAUCAUGACAACGACCUGAAACACAGCCGGGGCAACUAAGGAGUGGCUCCGUAAGAAGCAUCUCAAGGUCCUGGAGUGAGCUAGCCAGUCUCCAGACCUGAACCCAAUAGAAAAUCUUUGAAGGGUGCUGAAAGUCUGUAUUGCCCAGCGACAGCCCCGAAACCUGAAGGAUCUGGAGAAGUUCUGUAUGGAGGAGUGGGCCAAAAUCCCUGCUACAGUGUGUGCAAACCUGGUCAAGACCUACAGGAAAUGUAUGAUCUCUGUAAUUGCAAACAAAGGUUUAUGUACCAAAUAUUAAGUUAUGCUUUUCUGAUGUAUCAAAUACUUAUGUCAUGCAAUAAAAUGCAAAUUAAUUACUUAAAAAUCAUACAAUGUGAUUUUCUGGGUUUUUGUUUUAGAUUCCGUCUCUCACAGUUGAAGUGUACCUAUGAUAAAAAUUACAGACCUCUACAUGCUUUGUAAGUAGGAAAACCUGCAAAAUCGGCAGUGUAUCAAAUACUUGUUCUCCCCACUGUGUAUAUAUAUAUAUAUAUAUAUAUAUAUAUAUUCGCGAGAAGAAAAAAAAAAUAUAUGGGGGAUUGGAAAUGAUGCAGACAAUUACAUUGAUGGAAGUUACAAUCUAUCUGCAAUAUUAAAGCUGAUCUACCCCCUAAAAAAAAGAAGAAUAAAAAAAAUAACAUUGAAUAUUCCUUUAAGCAUGGUGAAGUUAUUAAUUACAUUGAGUGGUGUACAAAGAUACAGGCUUCCUUCCUAACUCAAGUUGCUGGAGAGGAAGGUUUUCACCUUGAGACAAAUGGUGACAUUAAAACAAUUACAGCAUUUAAUGGCUGUGAUAAAAGAAAACUGAGGAUGGAUCAACAACAUUGUAGUUACUCCACAAUACUAACCUAAAUGACAGAGUGAAAAGAAGUAAGCCUGUACAUGCAUCAUGUUUGCAAUAAGGCACUAAGGUAACAGUUCAAAAAAUGUGACAAAGAAAUUAACUUUAUGUCCUGAAUACAAACUGUUAUGUUUGGGGCAAAUCCAAGACGACAUUGUAUGUUGCUGAGUGGCCUAGUUACAGUUUUGACUUAAAUCGACCUGAAAUUCUAUGGCAAGACUUGAAAAUGACUGUCUAGCAAUGAUCAACAACCAACUUGACAGAGCUUGACAAGAAUAAUGUGCAAAUAUUGUACAAUCCAGGUGUGCAAAGCGCUUAGAGACUUACCCAGAAAGACUCACAGCAGUAAUCGCUGCCAAAGGUGAUUCUAACAAUGACGCAUGGGUGUGAAUACUUAUGUUUAUUUUAUUUAUUUAUUUAUUUAUUUCACCUAUAUUUAACCAGGUAAGCCAGUUGAGAACAAGUUCUCAUUUACAACUGCGACCUGGCCAAGAUUAAGCAAAGCAUGUAUGUAAAUGAGAUAUUUCUGUAUUUCAUUUUCAAAACAUUAAAAAAAAAUAUUUUCACAAUCGUUUUCACUUUCUCAUUAUAGGGUAUUGUGUGUAAAUGAAUGAAAAAUUAUUCUUUUUUAAUCCAUUUUGAAUUCAGUCUGUAAUACAACAACAUUUGGAAUAAGCCAAGCGGUAUGAAUACUUUCUGAAAGCAAUGUGGACGCCCACACGCUCACUCAAACAGAGUAUUCCAUAGAGCUUGCAGUCUAUCUACCUUUUUCAGGAAAUAAAUAUGUUUUAUUCCAUCGGAAUGGUUUAGGUAAUAGCGUGAUGUGUUCUAUUAUUAUUAUUAUUAUUAUUUUAUUUGUUAAAAGGAGGAGACUAAAAAUGAAGGCAGUCUUAAUAAUGGAUGGGAGCAGAUCUAUCAGAGUGCUGCGUUGUGCUGCAUUAUCAAAUUGUGCUUUUAUCAAAAGUACUGCAAUCACUCUAAAAUAUUAAAUUCUUCUAAGAACUGAAAUGUAAAAGUUUGAGAUUGAAUGUAUGAUUGUGUGUAGUUUGUAGCUCUUCGUUUGGUAUCCAGAGUGCAUUUGGAACCAUUCUGAAUGCUCAGUGUGCUUUUCAAUGUCUCUAUCUGCCUCGCAUUCUCAUCAAUAAUGUAUACCCUGAUAUUUUAUGGUUUUGAUAAAGGAAAAUAACAUCCUAGAUGGAUUCUGAUGUAUAUCUGUUUGUGGAUGUGGGAGGGAUGAAAGGUAAAGAUUUCAGUCUAAAUUAUUAGACAAAAUGGUUGUUCACAACUGUACUGAUGUAAUGUGCAGUUUAUUUUCAUCCUAAAUAUGUUUACCUCAUAUGAUUAGUAUUUGUUUGGGUGCUUGUGUAACUUGUGUUGCACCUUGCAGCAGUCCUGUAUACACAGAAUGAUAGCCAUGUCUAGCACAGAGGCACAGAGGCCUAGAGGUGUUUUGCAUCAUUCCUACCUGAUUAUAUUCCUGUUCUCUCACACUCUGAGGUGCCUGGUGGGUAGACAGGUAGACGGAGGAGGAACAGCAACUUGGCAGUAGAGACAGAAUGAGAAACAGACAGAAUGAGAAACAGACAGAAUGAGAAACAGACAGAGGAGGAAAGAUAGUGAAUCGAAUUUUAAGACAAGAUUAGAAAAUGUAAUGGGAGGUCAGACGGAGGUUAUCAGCUUAUCCCUUAUGACAGCCAUGUGUGUGUGUGUGUGUGUGUGUGUGUGUGUAUGUGUGUGUGUAAAUAUCAGGGUAGAGUCUCCCUAGGCAUGAGGAAGAAGGCCAGAUAAGCUUGGAGCCAGGGUGUGAGAGAAAAGCCUGUCCUCUGUGUGCCUAGUGUUAUCACAGGUACUGGCUGACGUGACCUUUGUGAAAUAACCACCAUUAUCUAUUGGUCUGCCGCUGUGGGAAUAGCUAGCAUCACCACAACCCCACCUGUACAUUCUUUUGCUGUGGGGCUAGCUAGCAUCACCACUGCAGCACCUACACAGUGUCCUACAUGUCUGUUCUAUAGCCCCUGACAUAGGAGGUCAGAAACAGGGCUUAUAUCAACAACAUGGCUGCAGUUCUCUCCCUUCAUACCACUCCUCCUUAUACCUCCUUUUGCAGGCCCUCUCCUUUCCCUCUGUGUUCUAUAUGCAGGCCCUCUCCGUCCCUUCCGUGUUCUAUGUGCAGGCCCUCUCCUUCCCCUCUGUGUUCUGUAAGCAGGCCCGCUCCUUCCCCUCUGUGUUCUAUAUGCAGGCCCUCUCCUUCCCCUAUGUGUUCUGUAUGCAGGCCCUCUCCUUCCCCCUGUGUUCUGUAAGCAGGCCCUCUCCUUCCCCUCUGUGUUCUAUAUGCAGGCCCUCUCCUUCCCCUCUGUGUUCUAUAUGCAGGCCCUCUCCUUCCCCUCUGUGUUCUAUAUGCAGGCCCUAUCCUUCCCCUCUGUGUUCUAUAUGCAUGCCCUCUCCUUCCCCUCUGUGUUCUAUAUGCAGGCCCUCUCCUUCCCUAUGUGUUCUAUAUGCAGGCCCUCUCCUUCCCCUCUGUGUUCUAUAAGCAGGCCUUCUCCUUCCCCUCUGUGUUCUAAAAGCAGGCCCUCUCCUUCCCCUCUGUGUUCUAUAUGCAGGCCCUCUCCUUCCCCUCUGUGUUCUAUAUGCAGGCCCUCUCCUUCCCCUCUGUGUUCUAUAUGCAGGCCCUAUCCUUCCCCUCUGUGUUCUAUAUGCAUGCCCUCUCCUUCCCCUCUGUGUUCUAUAUGCAGGCCCUCUCCUUCCCCUAUGUGUUCUAUAUGCAGGCCCUCUCCUUCCCCUCUGUGUUCUAUAAGCAGGCCUUCUCCUUCCCCUCUGUGUUCUAAAAGCAGGCCCUCUCCUUCCCCUCUGUGUUCUAUAAGCAGGCCCUCUCCUUCUCUUCUGUGUUCUAUAUGCAGGCCCUCUCCUUCCCCUCUGUGUUCUAUAUGCAGGCCCUCUCCUUCCCCUCUGUGUUCUAUAUGCAGGCCCUCUCCUUCCCGUCUGUGAUGUAUAAGCAUGACCUCUCCAUCCCCUCUGUGUUCUAUAUGCAGGCCCUCUCCUUCUCUUCUGUGUUCUAUAUGCAGGCCCUCUCCUUCCCCUCUGUGUUCUAUAUGCAGGCCCUCUCCUUCCCCUCUGUGUUCUAUAUGCAGGCCCUCUCCUUCCCCUCUGUGUUCUAUAUGCAGGCCCUCUCCUUCCCCUCUGUAUUCUAUAUGCAGGCCCUCUCCUUCUCCUCUGUGUUCAAUAAGCAGGCCUUCUCCUUACAUUUUACAUUUACAUUUUAGUCAUUUAGCAGACGCUCUUAACCAGAGCGACUUACAGGAGCAAUUAGGGUUAAGUGCCUUGCUCAAGGGCACAUUAACGUCAUUUAGCAGACGCUCUUAGCCAGAGCGACUCACAAAUUGGUGCGUUCACCCUAUAGCCAGUGGGAUAACCACUUUACAAUUUGGGGGGGGGGUUAGAAGGAAUACUUUAGCCUAUCCCAGGUAUUCCUUAAAGAGGUGGGGUUUCAAAUGUCUCCGGAAGGUGGUGAGUGACUCCGCUGUCCUGGCGUCGUGAGGGAGCUUGUUCCACCAUUGGGGUGCCAGAGCAGCGAACAGUUUUGACUGGGCUGAGCGGGAGCUGUGCUUCCGCAGAGGAAGGGGAGCCAGCAGGCCAGAGGUGGAUGAACGCAAUGUCCUCGUUUGGGUGUAGGGACUGAUCAGAGCCUGAAGGUACAGGGGUGCCGUUCCCCUCACUGCUCCAAAGGCAAGCACCAUGGUCUUGUAGCGGAUGCGAGCUUCAAUUGGAAGCCAGUGGAGUGUGCGGAGGAGGGGGGUGACGUGAGAGAACUUGGGAAGGUUGAACACCAGACGGGCUGCGGCAUUCUGGAUGAGUUGUAGGGGUUUAAUGGCACAGGCAGGGAGCCCAGCCAACAGCGAGUUGCAGUAGUCCAGACGGGAGAUGACAAGUGCCUGGACCAGGACCUGCGCCGCUUCCUGUGUAAGGCAGGGUCGCACUCUCCGAAUGUUGUAGAGCAUGAACCUGCAGGAGCGGGUCACCGCCUUGAUGUUGGCGGGGAACGACAGGGUGUUGUCCAGGGUCACGCCUAGGCUCUUCGCACUCUGGGAGGAGGACACAGCGGAGUUGUCUACCGUGAUGGCGAGAUCAUGGAACGGGCAGUCCUUCCCCGGGAGGAAGAGCAGCUCCGUCUUGCCAGGGUUCAGCUUGAGGUGGUGAUCCGUCAUCCAUACUGAUAUGUCUGCCAGACAUGCAGAGAUGCGAUUCGCCACCUGGUUAUCAGAAGGGGGAAAGGAGAAGAUUAGUUGUGUAUCGUCAGCGUAGCAAUGAUAGGAAAGGCCAUGUGAGGAUAUGACAGAGCCAAGUGACUUGGUGUAUAGGGAGAAAAGGAGAGGGCCCAAAACCGAUCCCAGGGGGACACCAGUGGUGAGAGCACGUGGUGCGGAGACAGCUUCCCGCCACGCCACUUGGUAGGAGCGACCGGUCAGGUAGGACGCAAUCCAGGAGUGAGCCGCGCCGGAGAUGCCCAUUUCGGAGAGGGUGGAGAGGAGGAUCUGAUGGUUCACAGUAUCAAAGGCAGCAGACAGGUCUAGAAGGACAAGAGCAGAGGAGAGAGAGUUAGCUUUAGCAGUGCGGAGAGUCUCUGUGACACAGAGAAGAGCAGUCUCAGUUGAAUGACCAGUCCUGAAACCUGAUUGGUUUGGAUCAAGAAGGUCAUUCUGAGAGAGAUAGCAAGAGAGUUGGCUAAAGACGGCACGCUCAAUAGUUUUGGAAAGAAAAGAAAGAAGGGAUACUGGUCUGUAGUUGUUGACAUCAGUGGGGUCGAGUGUUGGUUUUUUGAGAAGGGGAGUAACUCUCGCUCUCUUGAAGACGGAAGGGACAUGGCCAGCGGUCAAGGAUGAGUUGAUCAGCGAGGUGAGGUAGGGGAGAAGGUCACCGGAGAUGGUCUGGAGAAGGGAGGAGGGGAUGGGGUCAAGCGGGCAGGUUGUUGGGCGGCCUGCAGUCACAAGUCGCAGGAUCUUAUCUGGAGAGAGAGGGGAGAAAGAAGUCAAAGCAUAGGGUAGGGCAGUGUGAGCAGGACCAGCAGUGUCAUUAGACUUAACAAACAAGGAUCGGAUGUCGUCAACCUUCUUUUCAAAGUGGUUGACGAAGUCAUCCACAGAGAGAGAGGAGGGGGGGGGGGGGGGGGGGGAGGAUUCAGGAGGGAGGAAAAUGUGGCAAAGAGCUUCCUAGGGUUAGAGGCAGAUGCUUGGAAUUUAGAGUGGUAGAAGGUGGCCCUCUCCUUCCCCUCUGUGUUCUGUAUGUAGGCCCUCUCCUUCCCCCUGUGUUCUGUAAGCAGGCCCUCUCCUUCCCCUCUGUGUUCUAUAUGCAGGCCCUCUCCUUCCCCUCUGUGUUCUAUAUACAGGCCCUCUCCUUCCCCUCUGUGUUCUAUAAGCAGGCCCUUUCCUUCCCCUCUGUGUUCUAUAUGCAUGCCCUCUCCUUCCCUCUGUGUUCUAUAUGCAGGCCCUCUCCUUCCCCUAUGUGUUUUAUAUGCAGGCCCUCUCCUUCCCCUCUGUGUUCUAUAAGCAGGCCCUCUCCUUCCCCUCUGUGUUCUGUAUAAAGGCCCUCUCCUUCCCCUCAGUGUUCUAUAUGCAGGCCCUCUCCUUCCCCUCUGUGUUCUGUAAGCAGGCCCUCUCCUUCCCCUCUGUGUUCUAUAAGCAGGCCCUCUACUUCCCCUCUGUGUUCUAUAAGCAGGCCCUCUCCUUCCCCUCUGUGUUCUAUAAGCAGGCCCUCUCCUUCCCCUAUGUGUUAUGUAAGAAGGCCCUCUUCUUCCCCUCUGUGUUCUAUAAGCAGGCCCUCUCCUUCCCCUCUGUGUUCUGUAAGCAGGCCCUCUCCUUCCCCUCUGUGUUCUAUAAUCAGGCCCUCUCCUUCCCCUCUGUGUUAUGUAUGCAGGCCCUCUUCGUCCCCUCUGUGUUCUAUAAGCAGGCCCUCUCCUUCCCCUCUGUGUUCUAUAAGCAGGCCCUCUCCUUCCCCUCUGUGUUCUAUAAGCAGGCCCUCUCCUUCCCUUCUGUGUUCUAUAAGCAGGCCCUCUCCUUCCCCUCUGUGUUCUAUAAGCAGGCCCUCUCCUUCCCCUCUGUGUUCUAUAUGCAGGCCCUCUCCUUCCCCUCUGUGUUCUAUAAGCAGGCCCUCUCCUUCCCCUCUGUGUUCUAUAAGCAGGCCCUCUCCUUCCCCUCUGUGUUCUAUAAGCAGGCCCAUACACUCAUCAGUGGUGAUGGUGAUAGAGUACACUCAUAGAAAAAAGGGUUCCAAAAGUGUUCUUUGGCUUUCCCCAUAGAAUAGCCAUUUUUGUUUCCAGGUAGAACCCUUUUGGGUUUCAUUUAGAACCCUCUAUGGGUUUCAUUUUAGGGUUUCAUUUCUUCAUAUGUAGAUUAAACAUCAAACAUGCAAACUUCCUCUCUACCACUGGCCUGUCCAGAGAAACGGGGGGCCUUAGGGCUGGUGGGUGGAGAGGAGAGAGGGAUGUAGGGGAGAGAGGGAUGGAGGAAGGAGGUAGGGGAGAGAAGGAGGGCGUUGGGAGGAGGGGAGAGAGGGAUUGGGCAGAUUGCACACUUCAGGAAGAAGAGUAGAGAAUUGGCACAGAUCUCUCUCUCUCGCUUUGUCCCUCUCUCUCUCUCUCUCUCUCUCUCGUUCUCUCUCUCUCUCUCUCUCUCCUCUCUCUCUCUCUCUCUCUCUCUCUCUAUCCCUCUCUAUCACUCUCUCUGUCUCUCUCUUUCUCAUUCUCUCUCUCUCUCUCUCUCUCUCUCUCCUCUCUCUCUCUCUCUCUCUCCCUCUCUCUCUCGCUCUCUGUGUGGUAGUGGACAGACAAAGACAGACAGACGGAAAGCUAGCCUGCUGAAAGGCUUAUCUCAGCGUGUUAAGUAGCCUUCACUUAAUGCAGAGAUUACUAGCAGUUUUGGUUGAUUAGGACAAUAGAAGAUCCCCUUUAGCAGGUGUUGGGAAGGUCGACGGAACACUCUACAGGAUUGAAGAGGACAGUGGACAGUGUGUGUACAGUGUGCCUCUGUUUGCAUCCCAAAUGGCACCCUAUUCCCUAUUUAGGGCAAAUAGGGCUCUGGUCAAAAGUAGUGCACAAUGUAGGGAAUAGGGUGCCAUUGUGAAACAUUCUACAGUUUAUGGCUUUUCACACUACUGAGUCAAACCGAGACGAGCGAAACCAAGCUGUACUGAGCUGGCCUGGUUAGGCAUCCACCAUAAUUGCUGAAAAAUGACAAUGUGUGAAAAUAAAAUAUGCCAGCAUAGUUUGUUUGGGGUUAGCACAAUAGUGUGAAGAAGGUUUUCUAUUUACUGUGUUUGUGUUCAGAAUGGCGUGCCCUUCUCUCCCAUGCUAUUUGAAGACAGCUCACUACAUACAGUACUCUGUAGUAUAGAGAGACAGACAGGCAAUGCAAAAGGCACAAUGUAGUGUAAAGGCAAUUCAUCCAUUGACAAUCUGUCAUAACAGAUCACAACCCUGAUCAAUAACCAUGGGAAGAGCUUGUCAAUGUGUGUCCAAAAUGGCACCCUAUUCCCUAUGUAGUCCAUAACAUAGGAAAUAAGUUGCCAUUUGGGAUGCAGAUAAUGACACAUAGCGUAUUUUAUAGGCUUCAUAAAACAUAUACUGCAUAAGUAUGGGUGAGUUUGGAGAGGAAAAGUUGAAGUAUAAACAUCAUCAAUGAGCUGUCAAUCAACUGGGUGUCUCUUGUGGAAACAACAAAGUUAGACUCAAUAUGGAUUUCAUUAGGGAGCUACAUAUUAUUUGUUGAAUAGUGGAUAAAAGUGAAACCCUCCUAACACCCUGACUAGACCGGCCACGUUGUGUGCCUGAGCGUUGCAAAAUAAAUGUACACAAUCAUGUUAUUCAAUCAUUUUAUCCAAACUGCGGAGCCAAGCGCUAAAAUAGAACUGUUCUGUUUGAAAAUAAAAUAAAAUACAAUUGUAUUUGUCACAUGCUUCGUCAACAACGUGUGAAAUGCUUACUCACUGGUCCUUUUCCAGCAAUGCAGAGUUAUAGAUAAAGCUACAAAAUAUAAUAUAAAUGGUGACGAGGAAUAAAUACACAGUGAAUAAUGAAUUACAAGAACGAGUCAAAAUAACAUGGCUAUAUACAGUACAGAGUCGAUGUGCAGGGGGAAGAGGUCAUUGAGGUAGCUAUGUACUGUACAUAUAAUAGGGGUAAAGUGCCUAGGCAACAGGAUAGAUAAUAGACAGUAGCAGCAGAUUAUGUGGUGAGUGUGAAAGUGUUUGUCAGUGUGAGUGUGUGAGUGUGUGUGUGUGGCGCCAGUAUGCAUGUGUGCACUUGUUAUGUGCGUGUGUGUGUGUGUGUGUUUGUAUGUGUGCGUGUGUGUGUGUAUGUGUGUGUUGGGGUGUCAGUGUAAGUAUCAGGGAAUUUUCUGCCACUGAAAUCCUUGGACGGGCCGCCUAAGCAUAUGUUCGGGUCACUUAAGACCAAACAGUGUAAAAUAAAAAUAUAUCUAUAUUUUUUUGUAUAUAUAUGUUUUACUAUACAUUUUCGAGAUGGACCUAAUAAAUGCUAGACAAUCAGGGAGAAUAGAAAAUUCAAAACAUUAUGAAUUUAGCGGUAUUGAUUUUGGGAUUAUGUUUGUGCAAAUGAUCACAGCAUUAGCCCUCUAGUGGCCUCAUGGGUGGAAUGUUAUUCAUAUUUUUAAUAAUUUCAUAAUGAAUAAACAUUACUUAAAAAAACCAGCUGAAAAUCUAGUGUUUCUAUUUCAAACGUUUUUUUUUUUUAUAUUUCAGUCUUCUGUGAUGUAUAUAAAUUGUACUAUUGGGAUGCAAUCUCAAAAUGUAAUACAUUUCAACUACUAUAUCUGACAUGGUACAGGUGUCUUCGUUUUUUAAGCCCAUAACCAUGUGUGUGAGGUGUAUACUUUUGUUUAGAAGUAGAAUUGUUGAAGACUACCAAGAAACACUCUGUGUGACCCUGAUUUAGCCCACUGCUGUAAAAGGUUUAAACUGCAGAAUUUUCUCUCAGCUCCAUGGCAGAAUAUGUAGAAUUGCAGAAAUUUGCUCUAAAACUUAAAAAAAUUAUCUCAUCUCCAUGACAAAAUGUUUAUCUACACUGCCAAAAUGUGGGCCUCUAAAACUUUCUCUAAAAUUCAGCCGCAGGAAUGGACCGACCGCGCUCAUUGCCACGCCCCCUGCCACACCUGCUGCCACACCCACCACCUAAGCCCCUUUUUGAUCCAGAUAAAAACCCUGAGUAUGUCUAAUGUGUGUGCAUCGAGUCAGUGCAGGAGAGUUAGUGCAAAAAAGUGUAUGUGUGUGUUGGGGUGUCAGUGUAAGUAUUGUAUGUGUGAGUGUGUUGGUAGAGUCUAGUGUGUGUGCAUAGAGUCAGUGCAAGAGAUUUAGUGCAAAAAAGGGUUAAUGCAGGUAGUCCGGGUAGCCAUUGGAUUAGCUAUUUUGCAGUCUUGUUUAGCAGUCUUACGGCUUGGGGGUAAAAGCUGUUCAGGUUCCUUUUGGUUCCAGACUUGGAGCACUGAUACCGCUUGCCGUGCGGUAGCAGGGAGAACUAUGGCUUGGGUGGCUGGAGUCUUUGAACAUUUUUCGGGCCUUCCUCUGACACCGCCUGGUAUAGAGGUCCUGGAUGGCACAGAGCUACAGUGAUGUACUGGGCCGUACUCACCACCCUCUGUAGCGAUUUGCGGUCGGGUGCCUUGCAGUUGCCGUAUCAAUUUGUGAUGCAACCAGUCAAGAUGCUCUCAAUGGUGCAGCUGUAUAACUUUUUGAGGAUCUGAGGGCCCAUGCCAAAUCUUUUCAGCCUCCUGACGGGGAAGAGAUGCUGUCGUGCCCUCUUUACAACUGUGUUGGUGUGUGAGGACCAUGCUAAUUCCUUAGUGAUGUGGACACCGAGGAAGUUGAAGCUGUCGACCCACUCCAUUACAGCCCCAUCAAUGUGGAUGAGCACACACCCCUUAAGAGCCCCCCUGUGGAUUGUUAGCGUGGCGGAUGUGUUGUUGCUUACCCUCACCGCCUGGGGGCGGCCCACCAGGAAGUCCAGGAUCCAGUUGCAGAGGGAGGUGUUCAGUCCCAGGGUCCUGAGCUUGGUGAUGAGCUUGGAGGUGACUAUGGUGUUGAAUGCUGAGCUGUAGUCAAUGAACAGCAUUCUUACAUAGGUAUCCAUUUUGUCCAGGUGGGUGAGGGCAUUGUGGAGUGCAAUAGAGAUUGCGUCAUAUGUGGAUCUGUUGGGGCGGUAUAUGAAUUGGAGUGGGUUCAGGGUGUCUAGGAUGAUGGUGUUGAUGUGAGACAUGACCAGCCUUUCAAAGCAUUUCAUAGCAUUUCAUGGCUAUAGAUGUGAGUGCUAAGGGGCGAUAGUCAUUUAGGCAGGUUACCUUGGUGUUCUGGUGCACGGGGACUAUUGUGGUCUGCAUUAAACAAGUUGUUAUUACAGACCGGGUUGGGGAUAGGUUGAGAAUGUCAGUGAAGACACUUGCCUGCUGGUCAACGCAUGUUCUAAGUACGCGUCCUGGUAUUCCGUCUGGCCUGCGGCAUUGUGAAUGUUAACCUGUUUAAAGGUCUUACUCACGUCAGCAACGGGGAGCGAGAUCACACAUUCAUCCGGAACAGCUGGUGCUCUCAUGCAUGGUUCAGUGUUGCUUGCUUCGAAGCGAGCAUGGAAGGCAUUUAACUUGCGUCACUGGGCAGCUCGCGGCCCUUUUAUAAUCAGGGAUAGUUUGCAAGCCCUGCCACAUCCGUCGAGCAUCAAAGCUGGCGUAAAAUGAUUCAAUCUUAGUCCUGUAUUGAUGCUUUGCCUGUUUGAUGGCUCGUCGGAGGUUGUAGCAGUAUUUCUUCUAAAUGUCUGGAUUAGUGUACUGCUCCUUGAAUGCAGCAGCUCUAGCCUUUAGCUCAGUGCGGAUGUUGCCAUGGUUUUUGGUUCGGGUAUGUACGUACGGUCACCGUGGGAACGACAUCGUUGAUGCACUUUUAAUGAAGCCUGACGCGCUCAGUCCCGCAUCUCCCAUGUACUAAUUUCACAAGCGUACUUACCCACGUUGGUGAUUGAAGGAUGAACAAGGAGAUUUAUCUGUGGAUUCAUUGUCGGAGUAGGGAAACACAUGAUUUUGUCCAAAUUCAACAUAGAUCCAGCUAAAAAAUAACCAUAUGCAUUUCAGGUAAAAUAACAACCCAAUGUUUAUCUCCCAGGACAAAUUAGCUAGCAACAACAAGCUAGAUAAAUGUCCAUGAAUGCUUCUUGUGUGUUUCGACCUGUGCCCAAAUUAAUAUAGUUGGUUCACAGUUGGUUUUGAUCGUGUCUGGUGGGGAUAGACAAAAUCAACAUGCACACGAUGGCACACGCAGACGCACACGUGUGGCCGGUUUGGUCAAGGUGUGAUAGUUUAUUUACAUUCCCAUCUUUUGUUUCUCAGGCUUAAUUGGGAGUUUGUCAUCUAAUGACGCUGCUGCCAGUUUUGGUUGACAUUUCCACCCUGAAUGGUGUCACUUUGGUUGAAAAUGCCAGGCCUAACUUAAUUAGACGAUAAAGGGCUCAAGACAACAAAUCCCCACUUAGCAAAAAAUCAGGAUCAAUCAGUAUCAAAUAUGACAUUAUGAGUGAACUUCUCCCUGUGAUUCUGAGAGUGAGUGAGAGAGCGCGAGGGAGAGAGACGAAGGAGAGAGGGCGAAGAGGGAGCGAGAGACAGGAGGGAGAAAUAGGAGAGAAAGGGAGAGAAAGAGAGAAAUAAAGAAAGAGAGAGGUAGAGCAAGAGAGAGAUAAUUACACAGAGAGAGCUGUAUUAAUAUCAUAGAUUAGGCCUAUUGACGCAGGUAUUGUUUGCUUAUCUGAAAGGCCUCCUUUUGUAUUAAGCUAAAUUAUGCCAUAUAAUCCAGUGCAGUGCAUUUGACAGGCUACAGAUUCUCUCAUUUCAGGUCUAUUGUGAAUAAAUUCUGAUGGCAUUUACCUGUAUUGUGAGCUAGUGGCAUAGUUAACUAACCUUCUAAUUUCCUUGUAGCCUGUUUUGUUCACAAUACACACUGUCCGAGAAAAAAAUAAUCUCUGGUGACCAUUGUUGAGAAUUGAUAACGAUAGUGUUAUAUUUCUGCAGGCGUUUACCUUUGAGAGCCGGGAUGUUUGGCUUUGUCAAGCAUUUAAUAGAGCUACAAAUAAAUAAUGAAUCUCCAAAAACGUAUGGCCGGGAAACUGGAUCAAGUCAGAACACGCAAAGCAAAAAAAAAAAAAAAAAGAAAGAAAGAAAGAAACAGCCCCUCGGUCAUUACUUCCUCCUCUCUCCUAUGUCUGAGUAUAAAAAAUAAAACAUAUUUUUGUCAUUGUGUUGUUGUUAUGACUGCUGUCUUUGAGGACAGCUCUGCUCUGUAGAGAGUUUGGAACACUUAGUCCUCAUUCCACCUUUUAGUUUAAAAUGGCUGCCGUCGGCUAUGUGAAAGCUGUCCCACUGGGCACAGACUUCAAUUCAACGUCCAUUCGAUGUUGGUUCAACAUAAUUUCAUUGAAAUUACCUUGGCCUGAAGUGGAACGAGUCCAGUUUCCCCAACAAACACACACUCUUGGAUACACGCUUGCAUGAAAAGCACACACACACACACACACGCUUGCACACAGACACACACAAUCAUACACACACUUCCUCUGCCCCCUUCGAACCCUCCACCACCUCCUAAGCCACCAUCCAGCCAGAGACAGUAAUGGUGUGUGAGGAGAAAUGAUCAGUGUCUGUGAGGGGCUCUGGGGAUCACACACACCGCCACCAGGGUCAAUAGGCAAUUAAACCUGAGUGAGGAGGAUAGGCCGAUUUACUGAGCAGGAGACCCAAGCAGUGUGUGUGUCUGUUUGUGUGUGUAUGUGUGCAUGUGUUCAGGCAGGAAAUCGGGCAGGCCACAACCACCCCAAGUGGUGUUAACCCUAAUCUGUGGAGGCGCUAGCCAAGCUAAUCGCUAAUCUGGCUGGUGGAAAAACUGCAACUAGCAAAGUGGCUAAAGCUGGUUCAGACCAGGCACCAAGGACCUGUAUAGGCUAAGUGACCAAGGUGAUUAAUAAGUAGAAUUGAGUUGACAGACUAGGGAGUUUUGUUACAGAACAUACAAGACAAGUAGUGCUAACAAAAUGUCUAACCUGUCACGAUUGUCGGAUACAGAGAACCAAGGCGCAGCGUUGAAGGCAAACAUACUUUUAUUAGAUUGAACACACGAACAAAAACAACAAACGAUAACGUGACGUCCUCGGUUCUAACACAAACCUAUACUGGAACAAGAUCCCACAACCACUGUGGGAAAACAGCCUGUCUAAAUGUGGUUCCCAAUCAGAGACAACCAGCAACAGCUGACACUCGUUGCCUCUGAUUGAGAACCACUCUGGCCAACAUAGAAAUUCAACAACUAGAAUACCCAAAGGAAACUCACACCCUGGCUCAACAUACAAGUGUCCCCAGAGCCAGGGCGUGACAGUACCCCCCCCUAAAGGCGCGGACUCCGGCCGCGCCAACCAAACACCACAGGGGAGGGACCGGGUGGGCACUCCACCUUGGCGGCGGAUCCGGCUCCGGGCCUGAUCCCCACUCCCUCUCCAACCCCCCAAAGUACCCCUGGUCCGGUCUGGCCCCGCUGGCCGGAGCUGGACUGCACACUGGUGGAGCGGAUUGCUCUAGCUCCGGCGUGAAGCAGCUGACCGGUGCCGGACCAGGCACCAGUGGAACAGGCACGGGCCGUGCCGGACUGACGACGCACACCACUGGCUUGGUGUGGGGAACAGGCACGGGCCGUGCCGGACUGACAACGCACACCACUGGCUUGGUGUGGGGAGCAGGAGCGGGCCGGACCGGGCUGGCGACGCGCACCAUUGGGUUGGUGCGGGGAGCAGGAGCGGGCCGGACCGGGCUGGCGACGCGCACCAUUGGCUUGGUGCGGGGAGCAGGUGCGGACCGGGCUGGCGACGCGCACCAUUGGCUUGGUGCGGGGAGCAGGAGCGGGCCGGACCGGGCUGGCGACGCGCACCAUUGGCCUGGUGCGGGGAGCAGGAGCGGGCCGGACCGGGCUGACGAAGCGCACCACUGGCUUGGUGCGGAGAGCAGGAAUGGACCGGACUGGACUGGCGACGCGCACCCCAGGCUUGGUGCGGGGAGCAGGGACAGACUGGACCGUACUGGGGACACACACCACUGGCCCUACGCAGGGAUCUGGAACGGGCCGGACCGGACUGGUAACACACCCCAGUACCUCUCGCCGUGCCUCUACACCUUCCUUCCCCUCUUUGACCAGUGGCCCCGUAACCUGGCGGCCUCCUCUGCCAACCCGCUGGGCCACUCUAUCGCGGUCUCCUGCUGCCCCGUCGUCCACGGCGUGAGCCCCCCCCUAAAAAAAUUCUGGGCCUCUCUCCUACCUGUGGAUCCGGUCUCCAUAUUUUUCGCCAGCCUCUCGCCCUUCUGCUUCCAAGUCAAGCCCCUCUCUUCCUCACACGGCUUGACCCAGUCGAGGAGGCGAAGGAGAUCCGCUAGAGAUCUCCCUGGCGAUGGCUCCUGGACACGCUGCUUGGUCCAGUCUUGGUGGGAUCUUCUGUCACGAUCGUCGGGAACAGAGGACCAAGGCGCAGCGUUGAAGGUGAACAUGCUUUAUUUAAUAGAAUGAUACCACGAACAAAACAACAAACGAUAUGUGCAGUCCUACAGUACAAACCAAAAGGAACAAGAUCCCACCACCACUGUGGGAAAACAGCCUGUCUAAAUGUUGUUCCCAAUCAGAGACAACCAGCAACAGCUGACACUCGUUGCCUCUGAUUGAGAACCACUCUGGCCAAAAUAGAAAUUCAACAACUAGAAUACCCAAAGGAAACUCACACCCUGGCUCAACAUACAAGUGUCCCCAGAGCCAGGGCGUGACAUAACCAAGGUAUAUUAUAUUAUUAACCCAAUGCAUUGAUUUUCUCAAGGAUAAAAUAAAUUAACAUUCUUUACUAGGGUUGCAAAACUUUCCCGAAAUUCCCAGGUUUUCCAGAAAUCGGGGUUAGAGGAUUCCGGAUUUCGGGAAUCAGGAUGUAUGGAAUACCUGGGAAUUUGGGGAAAGUUACUGGAAUUGUACAACCCUAUUCUUUACCAAGAUUAGAUGAUUGGAAUGUGAAUGGAGUGAGUGAGAAUGAUACCUCUUUGGAACUCAUCCUCUGUUCUCACAAUCUUCUAGAUAUUCCCUAUUUCUACCUCCUUACAUCGCGAAGUGCACAUCUAUAUCUAUCAGGUGCUUCCAGCCUUACUGUUUGGCUCUUUCAGAAACAAGAUAACAGGUGUAAGACAUACCUCCAAAAGAGAACUGCCAAAGGAAUGAGAUAGUCCCCUGUAGCUCAGUUGGUAGAGCAUGACGCUUGCAACGCCAGGGUUGUGGGUUCGUUUCCCACGGGGGGCCAGUAUGAAAAUGUAUGCACUCACUAACUGUAAGUCGCUCUGAAUAAGAGCGUCUGCUAAAUUACUAAAAUGUAAAUAAUUUACUUAUUAUCAGCUAGAGAAAGUGUGUAAAAGAGCAAAAAUCUCUCUGACAGAACUCAGCCAUGUCGUUUAAGCUGCUAUGGGGAAACGAAUGGAGGGUGGUUUCUUUCUUUUGGCUGGAUGUGAUUGGUGUUUGAUUUACAAGAUAAGAUUCAUGGUCUCCUUGUUGCAUUUUAAACCUUGUUGCUACCCUGCUGCCUCUGGGUUAGAGCUAACGGUAGUGACAUUCAGAGAGAGAGAGAGAAUGAGGCAAAAAAGGAGAGAGAGAGGCAGAUGGAGAAAGAGGGAGAAUGCAAGAGGAGAGAGGGAGAGAGAGAGAGGGGUAGACAAAGAGAUAGGUAGAGUGAGAAGAGGCAAAAAAGGAGAGAGAGAGAGGGGAGGGAAGAGAGAAGGAGGGGGAGGGAGAGAGAGAGAGAGAGAGAGAGAGAGCGAGCGAGAGAGAGCAAGAGUAUGUGAAAACAAAAGCCUCUCUCCAUCGUAUUCUAAUACCUAUCAUCAUUCAGGGCCUCCACUCAACUUUUCUCCUCCAUUUUAGAGAGGGAGUGAGGGAGGAAUGAGGAGAAUGGAAGAGAGAGGUAGUUAUGACACAAAGGAUAAUUUACUGAGAUGGGUUUGGAACUACUGUGUUGCGUCUCCUGUUGUUGUGUUUGAUUGUCUCUGUCUGGACCCAAAGGCCUUUACCACCUCUCCUACUAACAGAGGGAGAAAGGCCCCAUGAAAAGUAAACAAUCCUGACAAUAUGACUACUAGCGAUUUUAGCAGAAAAUAUUUUCCUUGACCUUGAGUUUGAGUGUCUAAAUUGCCAGCAUGGUCAUAGUAAACACACAUUGAAUUCAAACAAACAAAUAUGAAUGGAUCGGUGACACAUCAUCUGCUCUUAAAUCACAAAAAUCGUUUUCCCAGAACACUGCCUGUGUAGUCCAGCCCAGUACAGCUACUGUAUGUAGUCUAUCCCUCUAUAUAGGGUCUGAGAGGUAGCACUCAGUCAGUGUGUGUUUCAAACAUUACAUCCAUGGUGUGUGUGUGUGUGUGUGUGUGUGUGUGUGUGUGUGUGUGUGUGUGUGUGUGUGUGUGUGUGUGUGUGUGUGUGUGUGUGUGUGUGUGUGUGUCACAGUCACGGUCAGCCCACUAACACCAGACCAUAGCAAAAUUACAUCUAUAAAGGGCAGAAACAAACCACAUGGGAAGAGAACCCAGUAAAUAACACAAGAUAAAUCAGUCCUAUAGAUGAACAGCAUGGAAAACUACAACUUUUUGUCUCUCACAUAUCCUCACAAUAUGGAAGGCUAGGCUACUGGCUGUAAGCCUACAAAACAAACAACAUUUUUGACAAGAUGCUGGCCUCAUCUGCUCUGCUCCCCUGUUACUCCGCCCAUUCAAACUAACCUCAUUUUGAUGAAGAAGAUGAGGAUGAUGAUGAUGAAGAGGAGAACAAUAAUCGUAAAUUGCUGGUUGAUGAGAAACAUGUCCUUAAUCCGUAUGCAUUCUCUCAGCAUAUUGCUCUUGGUUGAUAUGGCAACACUACCCUCACACAUUCUCUUGAAUUAAGUAUGACUUGCCCCGCAGCCAAUUUUUCUAGGACUACACCCGCUCAUGCUUGAGAAGCGUGCAAGCCUUUUUCCCCCGGGUUUGUUUGUAUAUUGUUGUAUUUUACAUUUGUGUGACUGUCCUUGUCUAUCAGUGUUUUGUUACGUGUAUGUUUUGGGUUUCUUGUGGACCCCACAGAGAGUAGCUGCUGCUUUUGAAAAAGCUAAUAGGGAUCGAAAUUAACAAAUAAACAAUUGGUUGCACGCCUGCUUGUUGAGGCUAUGCUUUUGCCCAGGGAGCGGUUCAAGGUAUUUCCACCUGUUUCUGCCAGGGUUCUGUAAACUGAUGGCAAAAGUGUCAGUUUGGGUAGGCUGUAGCUGGGUAGGCUGUAGUGCCCGUAGCCUUAUUCACACCAAAUCCUAAUUUUGGAUUGAGUUAAUUUUGAUUAGGAUUUCUCGGUAGAAAUUCAUUUUUGUUUGUUUGUUUUAGUAAGUCAUUUUUUCCUAUUUUGCUGUAAUAAUAAGGCUUUUUUUUCCUACCACUGCUACCACUAGGCUUUGGCGGGUGUGGGUGGGUUGUUGGUGUGGAACAGAAACUGCAUCGAAUAAUUGCUUGUGUCACUUUAACACAAACAGUACCUUUCAGAUGAGUUUUUCACAGCGCUAGCACAUUUCCCAUUCUGUUCACCCACUGCUUGUGAUGACUCGAUCCCCUGCACAAAAAAAGAAGUUGUUAAGACGUCCCGGGAACGUCAGGAGGUUGUGUUAUGGUCCACUGGACGUCCUUAGGACAUCCUGUGUUUGCUAGAUAUAAAUAUAUUGUAUAUAUUUGUUUUGUUUUUCAUGCUGAAAGGUCUCUUUUAUACAAAGCCUCACUAUUUCCUCACACAUCACUUCGCUUUAUAUAAUUAAUUUCAUUUCAUUCAUAGUCACCCAGUCUUAGAUUUAGGGUUAUUGCAUUAUGAGAGAGAAUCGUCCUCUCUUUCAUAGCUUUUAAUUAAGUAUGCAGAUUCCAGAGAGUUUUUAUUCGAAGUUAAUCAAGACUUAAUGGAUUAUUCUUAUUAGCUUCUGAAAAAAUUGCCUUUUCAGAGGGAAGAGUGUGUGCAUUAUUCAUUGGUGAGAGCUGAAGAAUGUAUGACUGAGAGAAGAUAACUUAAUGGUGUUCUUGACUUAGAUACAGUUGAAGUCAGAAGUUUACAUACACCUUAGCCAAAUACAUUUAAACUCAGUUUUUCACAAUUCCUGACAUUGAAUCCUGUUUUAGGUCAGUUAGGAUCACCACUUUAUUUUAAGAAUGUGAAAUGUCAGAAUAAUAGUAGAGAGAAUUAUUUAUUUAAGCUUUUAUUUCUUUCAUCACAUUCCCAGUGGGUCAGAAGUUUACAUACACUCAAUUAGUAUUAGGUAGCAUUGUCUUUAAAUUGUUUAACUUGGGUCAAACGUUUCGGGUAGCCUUUCACAAGCUUCCCACAAUAAGUUGGGUGAAUUUUGGCCCAUUCCUCCUGACAGAGCUGGUGUAACUGAGUCAGGUUUGUAGGCCUCCUUGCUCGCACACACUUUUUCAGUUAUGCCCACACAUCUUCUAUAGGAUUGAGGUCAGGGCUUUGUGAUGGCCACUCCAUUACCUUAACUUUGUUGUCCUUAAGCCAUUUUGCCACAAAUUUGGAAGUAUGCUUGGGGUUAUUGUCCAUUUGGAAGACCCAUUUGCGACCAAUCUUUAACUUCCUGACUGUUGUCUUGAGAUGUUGCUUCAAUAUAUCCCAUCAUUUUCCUUCCUCAUGAUGCCAUAUAUUAUGUGAAGUGCACCAGUCCCUCCUGCAGCAACACACCCCCACAGCAUGAUGCUGCCGCCCCUGUGCUUCACGGUUGGGAUGGUGUGCUUCGGCUUUCCUCCAAACAUAACAAUGGUCAUUAUGGCCAAACAGUUCUAUUUUUGUUUCAUCAGACCAGAGGACAUUUCUCCAAAAAGUAUGAUCUUUGUCCCCCAUGUGCAGUUGCAAACCUAUUGACUCAAAUGAUGUCAAUUAGCCUAUCAGAAGCUUCUAAAGCCAUGACAUCAUUUUCUGGAAUUUUCCAAGCUGUUUAAAGGCACAGUCAACUUAGUGUAUGUAAACUUCUGACCCACUGGAAUUGUGUUACAGUGAAUUAUAAGUGAAAUAAUCUGUCUGUAAACAAUUGUUGGAAAAAUUACUUGUGUCAUGCACAAACUAGAUGUCCUAACCGACUUGCCAAAACUAUAGUUUGUUAACAAGAAAUGUGUGGAGUGGUUGAAAAACGAGUUUUAAUGACUCCAACCUAAGUGUAUGUAAACUUCCGACUUCAACUGUACAUGAUCUGUGCACUUUUCACUGUGACUCAUCUUACUACUGGAAAGAUACAGCAGUUAGGAAGUGUAUCGCUGCUGACCCCAGGCCAGCCCCGUCCUCCAAACGUUGAGCUCUAACACCUGUAUGACCUGUGUCUGUUGUUCUAUAGCCUUGACCUCUAACCCCUGGCCUUUGUCUGUGUUCUCCAGGUGAUUCAGCGCAGGGAAGAUGGCUCGGUCAACUUCUUCAGAGGAUGGGACUCCUACCGUGAGGGAUUUGGCAAGAUCACUGGAGAACACUGGCUAGGUAAGUGUGUGUAUGUGUGUGUGUCUUAUUUGUGAGUGCACGAUCAAGAAGCACCUUGGCCCAGUUCUUGGUUCCAGGACCAUUUGCAAGUGUGGGAUAA